AUGAUUAGUGAGCGUGAUAAGGAAGGGUAUCGGGAUGAUCCGACUUCAUCUCCUCUCUAUCACCUGAAUCUCGACUUCAUCGGGCUGUCUUGUGAACCUAUCAACCUGCUGGACGUAUUGAAUCCAUUUUCCAGAGAGGAUUGCCUUAGGAUCGUUCAUGUUCGUCAAUCGCGUAAGAACAUGGAGUACACAUCUCGAUCAUGGGGGAUUAUGGUGAUGAUAGACGAUGAACCCCUCAAUGAUACACCAGCAGUGGACGAAGGGGAGAUUCAUAGUAGCGAGUAUCUGGAACCUAUGUUCUGGGCAUUUGUUGAAUGGGCUUUUUCUUACAAGGGCAUCAAGUCCCUGGAGUACAUCGUGUUUGGGGAUUAUGGCCGACCUGAACAAAUGAGCAGAGGAAAUCUGCUGAUAUGUCGGGAUGGUUAUGGAUCGGAAGAUUUCCGCAUCAUCAGGGAGUCAUAUCCGGCUCCUGAGUGGGAUCAUAUCAAGAACGAGUAUGGGGAUGCUUUGAGGUCCUGUCCCUCAGAUCCAUUGUUUGAGAUGCCGAGAAAUCAUGCGCAUUAAACACCAGCUAGCUCGAUUCAAAGCAAAUGUAACAAAAUCCCCGU